UUUAGUCCAUUUUGAGUUUAUUUUUGUAUAUGGUGUGAGAAAAUGUUCGAAUUUCAGUCUUUCACAUAUGGCUGUCCAGUUUCCCCAGCACCACUUGUUGAAGAAACUGUCUUUUUUCCAUAUAUAUUCUGCCUCCUGUAUCACAGAGUAAUUGUGUGUGGGUUUGUUUCUGGCUCUCUGGUUUGUUCCAUUGAUCUGUGUGUCUGUUUUUGUGUCAGUACCAUGCUGUUUUGAUUACUGUAGCUUUGUAAGUCAGGGAAUGUGCCCUUGUCUUAUUCCAGCUUAAAAAAAGGUUAAUAUUUUUAGAAACUUUGCUGUGAACUGCAAAAAACAAGCCAGGUAACUUGUAGAUCUUGCCUUAUGAUAGCUUCCAUUUAUAGUGUAAUGACCCUGCACUUUAGGUUAGUAAACUGGUCAACACUUACCUAUUAUACAUUUUUUAUGUCUCUUGGGCAUAGGAAAGGAGAACUGACCCUUGCUUUGGGGUUGUCCCUGCUCAAUGGAAGGCAGGAACACUCACUGUCGUAUGUGUGUGCACUCAUACAGUGUGUGUGUACAGUCCUAUCAUGUGUGUGUUCUCACUCAAUAUUAAGCAAGUAAGAAUCAGCAUUCUUGAAAGUAGACCUUCUUGGUGUACUGAGAAUCAGUCAUGUCCUGAUUCCUAUGUUAUUGUGAGUGCUUCAAGCAUGGAUGCCUCUUGAGAAUGAUGUUCAGGGUCCAUGACUUACUUGUUCUUUUAAACGUUCCUGAAGGUAGAUCAUCAUCAACUUCUGCUUGUGGUUCUGAUUUUUGAAAGCCAAGAGUGUGAGUCAUGGAAAGUAGGAUAGAUAAAGGUAGGUUAUCAUUGGAGAAGGAAAUGGCCACCCACUCCAGUGUUCUUGCCUGGAGAAUUCCACAGACAAGGAGCCUGGUGGGCUACAGUCCAUGGAGUCGCAAAGAGUCAGACAUGACUGAGCGGCUAACAUUACAUUAUUAUUAUUAUCAUUCUAAGUGGUGCUGCUUUGAGUCAGAAGGAAAAGGUGUUAACCAUGAGGUCAAGAGAGAGAUUUCCUUAUAUAGCUCUUAGACAGUGCUGGAGGCCAUUCUGAAGAGGUGUGCUCUAAGCAUGUGAAGCCUUGCCUGAGGGUGGCUUCGUAAUAAAUAUGUAGCCUCCCUCCCAAGGCGAUGACUUUGAAGGGCUACUCAUUUGAAUGUCUUAUAGUUAAAUAGAUGAGUUUGUUCGGUAGUUAUCAUAUAGAGUUAAUCUCUGGAGCAAGAUUGCCUUGAUUCAAGUACCAGUUCUGCCAUUUAUAUAGAAUGGUACAUAUUUGUAUAUUCAUGAGCUAGUUAUUGAGACUCUCUGAGCUUUACUUUCCUCAUCUGUAAAACAGACACAGUUAUACCUACUUCAUAGUGUUAUGAAGGAUAAGUGAGAUCCCAGUGAAAAGUGCUUAAUGAGAAAUGGGGUGAAUAUUGUUAGCUCUUACAGACCCAUCCCAUUUCCCUUGGGUCACAUUAGGAAGAUGUUGUUUAACCUAGGACAGGAGACCACCCACAUGACAAAUGCAUGUUCAAUUAUGGCGGUCCUAGUCAGUGGUUGACACAAAGAAUCACACAAAUCUGUUAGUCCUCAGCUGGGCAUUUUGGCCUUUAGUUAACGUAAGCUGAUUGGCUGGCUACUCUGUUGCUUAUCACCAAGGGGAAAAAUCUAAGGGGGAGGAGGCAAGUUGAAAGCCUGACUCCUUGGCAGUGGUACUAGGUUAGGAAUUUGCUGAGGACUUCAGUUAAAGCCAAACACCCAGCAUCUUGUGACUGUUGGGAAAAGAAAAAGGAAUAAUUUAACUUGCUUUCUUCUUUAUAUUCAGAGAAAUGUUUAAUUUAUGUUUCUAUCUUAUGUGGAGGCUUUUCCCUUGAGGGAGUAGUAGGGGUUGGGCCAUACCACCUUUCUUCCUCAGCAGUCCUAGAGCUGGGUUGCAGGGUAGACACAUUCCUGUCAAUGUAUGGGCCCCUUUUGCUCUUUCCCCUGCAAAACACCAGUCAGGACACAGCUCCAUGCUGCCUUCCUGGGAGAGGGUGAAGCAGAUACACUUGGACAGGAAUGUCAGGGGAGAGUCUGUGCAUUUGGUUCUUGAAAAAGAGUUAUCUGUGUAGACGUGAGUUCUUUAGUGGGCGGUAUGCUUGGCUAUGUGGAGCACUUGAAAGGGCAGUUCCUUUCCCACACACUGUACAGGCACCAGACAUUUCACUUUGUUCUAAGCAGGGAUUCAGUAAGAGAGCUUCUGGGGCCCAUCCCACCUCCUGUGUCUGGAGGCAAGGAAGCUGACUGCCCAGGUUCAGUUUGCUAUCCCCAAACCUCCAUUUUGUUGGUGCAGCCUCAGUACAAAACUGAGUACCACAUUAAUUCACCAAGGAAGAGGUGCCAUGGGCUCAGCAUAUCCGGGAACACUUUGGAGAUGGUCUAUAACUUGACCCAGGAGUUCUUCCGGCAUGGUAAACCAGUUAAUGCUGAGAGUCAGAACAGCGUGGGGGUGUUCACCCGAGAGGAGGUGCGCAACCGCAUCAGGGAUGACCCUGAUGAUCCAGAGGCCACCAAGCGCCUGAAACUCGCCAUGAUCCAACAGUACCUGAAGGUGGAAAGCUGUGAGAGUAGCUCGCACAGCAUGGAUGAGGUGUCCCUGAGCGCCUUUGGGGAAUGGACUGAGAUUCCUGGUGCCCACCACGUCAUCCCCUCGGGCUUCAUGCGGGUUGUGGAGCUGCUGGCUGAGGGCAUCCCAGCCCACGUCAUCCAGCUGGGGAAACCUGUCCGUUGUGUUCACUGGGACCAGGCCUCAUCCCGCCCUCGGGGCCCUGAGAUUGAGCCCCGGGAUGAGGGUGACCAUAAUCAUGAUGCCGGGGAGGGCAGUCAGGGUGGAGAGGAGCCCCGGGAGGAGAGGCAGGAUGAGGAUGAGCAGUGGCCAGUGGUGGUGGAGUGCGAGGACUGCGAGGUGAUCCCGGCAGACCAUGUGAUCGUGACCGUGUCACUGGGCGUGCUCAAGAGGCAGCAUGCCAGCUUCUUUCGGCCAGGCCUGCCCGCCGAGAAGGUGGCUGCCAUCCACCGACUGGGCAUCGGCACCACUGACAAGAUCUUUCUAGAAUUCGAGGAGCCCUUCUGGGGCCCCGAGUGCAACAGCCUACGGUUUGUGUGGGAGGACGAGGCGGAGAGCUGCACGCUUACCUACCCGCCCGAGCUUUGGUACCGCAAGAUCUGUGGCUUUGAUGUCCUCUACCCGCCUGAGCGAUACGGCCAUGUGCUGAGUGGCUGGAUCUGUGGGGAGGAGGCCCUUGUCAUGGAGAAGUGUGAUGACGAGGCAGUGGCCGAGAUCUGCACAGAGAUGCUGCGGCAGUUCACAGGGAACCCCAAUAUCCCAAAGCCUCGGCGAAUCCUGCGCUCGGCCUGGGGCAGCAACCCCUACUUCCGGGGAUCCUAUUCAUACACACAGGUGGGCUCAAGUGGGGCAGAUGUGGAGAAGCUGGCCAAGCCCCUGCCGUACACGGAGAGCUCCAAGACAGCGCAAGGAAGCUCCUCAAAGCAGCUGCCUGGUCACCUUUUAUCUUCCAAGUGCCCAGAACAGUCCCUGGAACCUAAUAGGGGCUCCAUAAAGCCUAUGCAGGUGCUGUUCUCAGGUGAGGCCACCCAUCGCAAGUACUAUUCCACCACCCAUGGUGCUCUGCUCUCUGGCCAGCGUGAGGCUGCCCGUCUCAUUGAGAUGUACCGAGACCUCUUCCAGCAGGGGACCUGAGUGCCUCGUUGCUGCUGAGCGUGUUCCUUAAAGAACCACUAACUCGUGACUGCCAGCCCUGCCCCUUGCUGCUGUGUACUCAUUUCCGAAUCCUCUGUAGAAUGGAUUUGUAUCUUUUGUAGAGCUAGACAUCUAACUGGCUUCAGACCUGGCCCUGUAGCUUCUUCUUUUCUCCUUCCUGGGUGGUGACCAGGGUGGGGUCCAUUGAUUUACCUCUGUGCUCUGACCUCUGACCUCCCUAUGCUUCCCCUCAUCUCUAACCUUGUUAUUGUAAGUGCCUUCAAUACUUUGCAUUUUGGGAUAAUAAAAGAGGCUUGCCCUUCCUGUGCUCCUCA